AUGGCAGCAAAGGGCUUUACAGGUGCCCCCUUCGGCACUCAGACAGUCAGAUUUGAUGUGUCAGCAGUUUAUCCAAAGUGUAAGAAACCUGGUACAUACACACAGGCGCCCUACUGCAAAAAGGUCUCUUCAGAGUUGGGCAGAAAGUUAGGCCCAGGCACCUACAAUAUUGACCAUGGAAGCUUUAGCUCCUCUGUGCUGCAGGAGAAGGCUUCAAAUUCUGGCUGGGGCAAGGCACAGGAAGCGGCACGACUUACCCAGAUGCCCCAUUUUAAUUUUAAGGAGACCUUGAAGAAAAGCAAGUAUCUGAAAGAAAAACUGGGCCCAGGAACUUACAAUAUCAAAGAUUUUCUGCAAGAGACCCGACCUUCAAGUAUUAGAGGUGUUUGUGACACUGGAGAAGAGAGGUUUAGAGCCUUCAUUAGGGAUUGCCACCCUGGCCCUGGGACUUAUGGCAAGAAUGGAAACCCUUAUGCCCUGAUUGAGGAGAAGGAGAGACGCUCGGCAAACUCUCAAGGGAUAAUGGACAGCAAAACCGAAAAAUCUGUCUUACCUACUGCUGCGGGAAGUGGUUUGGGGCCAGGCACCUACAAUCUCAAAAACAGCACAGACGAGGUGUUGAAACGUGUGGUCAGUAAUCGCGGCCCAUAUGACACCUUCACAGGAGACAGGUCAAAGCCUAUUAUCUGUGGACAUUACGCUGUGGAAAAGAAAUGCAUCGAGCUCGGCACCAGCAAUGUCAAGAGCUUUGUGGAGGAGCUGGACACCAAGGACAGAAAGAAAAAAGGUGUUUUCAGCACCCUCGCUCGGAACCCCGGCUGCCCCACGGAGCGCAUUUUCUGGGCCACACUCAGCCAGUGUCCACGUGCCACGUAUGCUGUAGGGCCAGGCUCACAUGAUCCAAAACCCAUGGAGCGAUCAGAAUACUUCAAUCAACCUCCAUUUUGGUCAUCUGCAAAAAGAGUUGACAGGAAAGCAUACCGCCUCUUUAUUGGAAACACGAACCCAGUUGGUGUUGGUCGCUAUGACAUCACAAAACAAGAAAAGUGCAAGUGGAAUACUAGAUACCGGUCACUUUACCAGUGUGAAACACACCGUUAUCUGAGUAACCUGGAGCGGGAUGCACACUUACUACAGCGGAUCAACCCUGUUAAUAGAGGGCACUGGAACAAUUUGGUUUCUGCUGCAAGUGAUCCAGAUACCUCUGCACAAGCUAUUGCUGCUACUUAAAACUAAGUGCAUGCUGUAAAGCAGAAGCCACUGUUAAAUAAAGAUUGGUUAUAAGGAAAAUACUUGCAACGUACAGUACAGCUGCACACAAGUCAAGAUAGUCUAAAACAACCUACAGUUUUGCUCUGCAAUAACACACUUAAAACCCACCAGCAAUCUUACUUUUUCUCUCUGUGAUUACAGUUAUUUUCACUUUUGGUUGUGUAUACAUGACAUAAUUUUUGAAAAGGAUAUUUGGCAGAAUUUUAGAUAGGUACAUUUUCUUCCCCAAAAUAGGAGUGCUGGUGGGUAGCUCUUUGAAUAUUAAAUAUUUCUUUUUUCAUCAAAUUGCUUCAUUCAAGAAAUUGCAUAUAUAUUUUUUGUACAUAUAUAAAUGCAAAGUUCUGUACAUUGCGCUGAUGGCUUUUGUUCUCACCUCAAGCAACAGAAUUGGCCAAAGUCAGUACAACUCAAGUGACAUUGCAUUCUCAAAGGAUGUCUAUUACAUGGAUUGAAAAAGGAGAGCGCUUUCGUGGCCAAAACACCAGAUCUAGAUUUCAGUGACAUUACCCAGAAUCUGUGCAGUUUAAGUAGAUAAAGCAUACUUCAGAAGGUAAAGCUAAAAUCCUCUACUUUAUCAGUAAAAUAGAUUUUUUACAUAGUAAACCUGCCAAC